CUAUUUUCUUGGUUUUUGGAUACCCUGCUCACUUUUGGACUUAUGUUGCUUUUGAACUACAACCUUUGUUUGGACUUCAGAACCCAUGUAAGGCAGUUUAGUUUUUAAAUAAAUCACUAGAACUGCACCCUGCUUGUCAGUGACUGCAUAUGGGUUCAACGACCUAGUUUCCCUGACUCUUCACGCAGCAUUCCUGACAGAAAAUAAGGGGAAAAAACAACAACAACCAUUUAUUUAGACAUUUUGCAGCCUGUUAAAAAGGAGACAUCUUUUGUAAUAUAAUGCUGCGGUCUCUGCAAUAGAAUGCGUACACUCAUAGUAUUUAUUAAAGUAUCAAAAGUUGGAUUAAAAUAUGAAAACAAAAAAUUUUAACUCUAAAAUUAAGGUUUGAAAGGGCUAAUCUUUAUUACAUUACAUUUGCACUUGUUUUGCCCACACAGACUCAUGUGAUUUCUGGCAGCUCUGGUCCAAAACUCUGAAACUCACACUGCAAAAAUAAAGCUCCGAAACAGAGGGCCUAAAGAAAGAAGAAGAGAAAAAAAAGUCGGAUCCAUGGAAGCAGUGGCAUUCUGCUCCUGGCCAGUUUUUUGCUCUCUGCUGAAGUACAGCCCAAUCACAUGUCGUAUUUACUGUAUAGGUGGGAUUGACAGACUGCUCCACCAAUGACUUACGUGCACAGGCAACGCGAACAGGAUGCACGCCUCCCUGGGCUGUUUGGCUGUCUUUGUCCAAGCAGUGCAUGGAUGUGAAAAGAAAUCUACAGCAGUUAGUAGCUCAGGGUCUGUUUGUUCCUCAGGGCAAUGUCAACUGCGGUGUUGUGUCGGGAGAUGCAGUGACUUAAGCAGCGUAAGGCGCAGUUCUUCUAGCAGGAUCAGAAGGACAACGCUGUCAACACACUACGCUUGUCAAACACUGCAGAUAUUUUCCUUUCUUCAUCUUUCCACAAGAAAGUCUACAGAGUUGCUUUCAAAUAUCAUAAAGGUCCAUCGUCCCAACUCUGGAGGUGUUGCUGCUGCAGUAAAGCCAGGGGCCAAGGAGAGCAGUGCUAUAGUAAAGAAGACUCGAACAAAUCCUAAAGGUGACAUGGUAGUGAUCAGAGGUGCUGCCCAAAACACUGCAACAGGAGCCACUGCUGGAGCUCCUGGAGUUGAUGUCGAUGUGGAGAUCGUUCGGGGAACCAUCGAGACCCAGCAGGUGGAUGCUCUGGUAUCGCCCAUGGUUGGCCAUAAUCCUCUCUCUACCCGUGUUGGAAACACCUUGUUCAAAAUAGUUGGAUCUCAGCUGACAGCAAGGUUUAGAAAGGAAGCAGAAGAAGAAAUGACGCCUGGUGACACAGUCCUGGUAGAGGGUUUGCCUGAACUUCCAUCUAAUGCAGUGUUCUUCCCCAGCCUUGUUCCCUGGGAUGAUGACGACGAUGGGGCUGCAGUCCAGGUUCUGAGACUGUGCAUCAACAAAAUCCUAACUUCUUGUGAGAACAGAGGGUUUGGAUCUGUUGCGUUCCCCGUACUCGGGGCUGGGAUUGCUCUGCGUUUCCCUGACAACGUGGUAGCCAGGGUUCUACUGGAGGAGGUCCAUGAGUUUCAACAGAACCGAGCCGGCAGAACACCAUUCAUGGUCCGCAUCGUCAUCCACCCCAAUGAUGAAGAGUCUUUUGAAGUCUUCAAGUCUGUCCAGGAAACUUUACAACCCGACCAUGAGUCAAAGAGGAUCAUCGUGCUGGGAAAAUCUGGAUGUGGGAAAAGCAGCCUAGCUAACACCAUAUUUGGAGAGAAAUUAUUCACCACAAACAAUUCACCCAACUCUGGAACAAGAACAUGUCAAGCAGAAACCAAAUCUGUCAAUGGAAGAAGCAUCACUUUGAUCGAAACUCCUGGUUUCCUUGAUGCAGAAAGGUCUGAGGACGACAUGAAGCCUGAGAUAGUGAGGUGUAUCACAGAGUGGGCUCCUGGGCCUCAUGCUUUUCUCAUUGUGCUGAAAGUGGAGAAAUUCACGGAGCAGGAGCAGGCUGUCAUCACUAAAAUAUGUCAAUAUUUCUCUGAAGAGGCUCUAAAAUAUGCUGUCAUUGUCUUCACUCAUGGUGACCAGCUCCCUAAAGGGCUGAAAAUUGAAGAGUUUGUCAAUCAGAAUAAGAAUCUGAGUGAUCUGGUGAAGAGGUGUGGAGGCCGGUGCCACGUCAUUGAUAAUAAAUACUGGAAGAAAACUGAAGAGGAAAACUACAGGAGCAAUAAGUUCCAGGUGGCUGAGAUGCUCAACACAAUAGACAAGAUGACGAAGGUAAACAAAGGAAGCUGCUACACCAAUGAGAUGCUACAAGUAGUGAAAGGAGAAAGACAGAGAGUAGAACAGUGCAUUAGACUGUCAUCAGGAAACAUGUCACAGCAAGAAAUUAGAAAUAAGGCUAUAAUUAAUGUUCUUGAAAGGUUAUUGAUCAGAUCAGCAGGUAUUGCAACAGGUGCAUUGUUGAGUGCUUUGCUUGGUGUGGCAGAGAUGGUUGCAUCAACUGUUGGCAACUUUCAAAACCCUUCAGAUGUUUCAGCACUAGUAACAACAGAAAGAGGAAGAGCAACAGUUGCAUCGGCCGCUCAACAUGGCGCAGUAAAGGGCGUUCUAACAGGAUAUAAUGCAGCUGAAGGAGCAGAAACUCCAGGUGAAGCCAUUCACAAUGCAGCGGAGGCUGUCUGGAACCAGUGUAGGUCAGGUCAAAAAUAAAAAUAGAAUAAAUGAUUGUCAACACUGCCUAAUUAAAACGUAUAAAUCAUGUGGAUUAGGGAACAAUAGCCUACUUGAUUCAAUGAAGCUUGAGUUACUUCCUAAUAAUUUUGAGUAUCAGUAUGAUUAAUGUUUUACCACAGUAUGCACAAAAUUAUUGAUGAGGACAUAUAUUUUUAAUAUAGAAUAUUUUUUAUAGAAGAUGAAAAUUUUAUUCUACAGAGAGGUUGAAUACAUUUGUUAUUAAUUGGAUAUUGUCAUGUAAAGGAAAUUAUUAGUAUUGUGAAACUAUUAUUUGACACUUUGCCUGACUUUGGGAUGCUGAAUAAUGUUUUUAUUGUAUUAGUUUACUCUUUAUUGAAGAGUUUUGACAUUGGUAUGUGAUUCAACAAGUAAACA